AUGGAGGAACAUGAUGAGCAAUGUAGAAAAAGUAUGUUGCAAAUUAAAAGCCUUCUCGAAAAUAUUUCAGAAGAAAAUGUUGUUGCGGAAAAUGAGCUUAAGCAAAAGAGUAUUGCCGCAGAAGAAUUGCAAAAAAUUACUGAAUUAAUGAAGGUACCUUCGAAUAAUUACAUGAUAGAUGCACCAUAUUUUACAAGUCCGAAAACAUUAACAUUAAAAAACAACGAUAAAGACUUAGAUGUGCAUAGUGAAUUACAAAAAAGAACUAAAUUCAUGAAGGUACCUUCGAAUAAUUACAUGAUAGAUGCACCAUAUUUUACAAGUUCGAAAACAUUAACAUUAAAAAACAAUGAUAAAGACUUGGACGUGCAUGGUGGUAAAAAAGAUAUUGACAAAACUUUGUCAAAUGCAAAACCUGAAAUUAAGGGAAAGGUUCUUGAGAAUAUUUCAGAAGAAAACCUUCUUACGGAAAAUGAGCUUAAGCAAAAGAGCAUUACUGCAGAAGAAUUACAAAAAAUUGCUAAAUCUGAAAUUAAGGGAAAGGUUAAGUAUUUGACAAAAAAAACCUUAUCUUCAAAAAAACUUAUUAAGACACCAAAAGAAAUAAAAUUGAAGAAUGAAACCCUGAAAGCUACAUCUAAUACGAGUCAAAAACUAUUUUUGAAAAUGAUACAAAGACAAAAAAAGAAUCGGAAAAGAGAGGAACAUAUAUUGAAAAGAUUAGAUAAGAUACGAAUAAGCGAUUUGCCUCCAAUACCUCUCAAAGUAUUAGAUGAAGCUGAAGAGUCUGAAGAAUCUGGAAGUAUCGUUGAAUGCGUUGAUAUACAUUUUCUGGAACCUACAGAAAUGAUAAAAGGGGACCAAAUUGUUCCCUUUAGUCCACACCAUAAGCAAUUAAUAGUUAAUAAUUUAAAACCUUUGUUGUUUGAAGUUCAAACAGAUAUUUCCUGUGACAUGUCCCUCACUCAAAUUAAUAAUAAUUCGAGAAUUCUUCAAAGUGAAAGAAGUACAUUAGAGAUCCAUAUAUAUAAAGUCAUUCCAAUAAAUCAAAAACACGACUGGUACGAAAAUCUCAAGAAAAGGAAGCAAAUGUUUUAUUUAACAGGGGAAAAAUUAAUUGAAAUCGGUGUAGAUAGACGUAGUAGACUUUAUUAUAGAGAUGGCAAUGUAGCGUUGGAGUGUUAUGAUGGACAAUUCAGAGAUUCCAAGAAAAGGUAUUUCGUUUAUGAAGCUGCUAGAUUAAAGAAGAACGCAAAAAAUAGAUCAUUACUGGCCUGUUUUGAUAACUUUGGAAAUGGGAUAGUAUACGAUAAUGUCGGGGGUAUCAGGCUUAAAUAUAAUCAGUCUGAAGGCAUUGUUUUUGAUGCAAAGAUCGGUCCAUUUGGUAGAUGGAAAUGGCAUAACCUAAAUGAUCCGCCAGUUUUAGAACAAGUCUUUAAAGAUAAUUGCUUGAGUCCUACUGACGAAUUUAUUAGUAAAAUAAAUGACGACAUAAAAGGGGUUGAUUUUAAAAGUAUACAAAAUAAAUUAAAUGAAGAAAUCGUAGCUAUUGAGUUAGAUAAUUUUAUAAAAAAAACGUCAAAGAAGGUACUUAUGACGUACAAACCAUUUGAAAUUAGAUCGAAAGUGCUUAAAUUGAACGAAUAUUUUUCGUUAAAAAUUAUCAAUCAAUCAAAAGUUUAUCUUUUCUUUAGAUGUGCUGAAAUUUUCUUGAAAAUAAGUUUAGGAAUCAAAUUAAUGAGUAAUGAAAUAAUAGGCACAGAAUUAUUAGAUAUCGAAGAGGUUGUAACUCCCUAUGAUAAUCAAAUAUUAAAAUAA